GAGAGAUUCUAUUGUUUAAAUACACUACUUUUAAAUUACAGACACCAAGAAAUAGACAAAUUGAAACUGUAAAACAUCAACCCCAACCUUUAUGUGCAUUGUUGGCAAAAGACUCAGAAUGGGUAGAUAUAUUGCAGACGUCUCAGUCGGACACCGCAAGGUCCUCUACAAAUGUAUCUGAUGAGGAAGAAGUGCUACAGCUUGUAGAAUGUGAAGAUGGGCCUCAAAUGAAACCACUAGCUAUAAUGUUUCCUGGAUUACUAGACAAAGAUCCUAAAACCCUACAGGGCAUGCUCACCAAAGCUAUGUCAACGACUGAAGUAACAAGGCAUUUAGUUGAUCUUGGUCAAAAAGCCAAUUUUACCUUUAUGAAAAAAGCGGACCGCUUGAUUCCGCCUGAUAAGCAAUGGAUGGAAAGUUUGACUGAAAACAGCAAUUCAUAUUGUUCUGUAAACUCUGGACUACUUAGCAACUGUAUAUCAAGCGAUUAUGAAGCAGACUGUGAAAUCGCUGACGUCGAAUGGAAUGAAAAUAAAAUUAAGAAGAAAAGGAAACACGUUGGAAGCACAAAUCAAUCAACCCCAGAAGAAUAUAGCUCACAUGAUGUAAUAAACGGCAGGUACCUCAUCAAGUAAGAAUAAUUAUGUUGUAUAGCUUUCACCAUUACCUAGAAUAAUACUUGGAUUUACACCAUCGUCCUUUUGCAGAAAUGAAGAUUGUAAUAAAAAGUAAAGCAAGAAAAAUAAUAUCAUACAACGAUUUAUAUAAAAAACAAUAUUGUGAAACUAUAUAUCAUUAUACAAAUCUAUAACUA